GUACUCUCGCCACGCUCAAGAGGGAUUUAACAGCACUGACUUCGGCUGAAGCUUUACGCGAAGAGGACUCUCCGCUUGUUUUCUGUUGCGGACAUGGAGCUUCUGUGCGGCUCUUGCUCGCCUGAUCAGUUGGCUAGCUUCCACUGAGGAAGAGUGAAACAGCUCUGAGCUGUCCCAAAACAGGACGAAUCUCUGGGGGGCUCAGCGAGUGACAGCAUCGCUGUUUGCUAACUACCGAGUCAGCUAACCGGGACGGGAAUGGUGCUCUGGACAGACUCAUUGUCCUGUCAGAGAAAGGCGAGGGGUACGAGGGCCAAGACAGCCAGCUGUGAUAUUCGGACUCAAACUGUUUUCAACGGAGGGAGCGGCUUCGGUCCGGACGGGUGUUUUUGUGGCUGCUUUGAGAGCUAGCUGGGCUGGCUAGCUGCGGGUAACGACCCCCACUGCCUGUUGAAGUCUUUCCAGACUGCAGGCGAGGCUAAUGUUAGCCAGAAGUAUAAAUACAGCAAUCUGUGGUUUUAAUAAAGCCGGGUCACUGUUAAAUCCAGAAUAAAGAGAAAAAGUAAAACCCCCAGAAAGAAAAAAAAACAACAACAACAACUCGAAUUUAACCUAAAACUAAAGCGGGGAGUGUUUCAAACACAAAAAAAAGACUUUAAAACAAAGUUUUUAGAUGCUAUUAGCUGAGUUUGCUAGGUGAAAACGGUGUGGACGCUUUUCUUUUUUCCAUCAGUUUUUUUGUCUCUUUGGAUGCUGGAAUCACGUUUUAAUAGCAAAUAUGAUGAUAAUAAGCAGAAAACCAGAAGCCCCGAUAGCAACAGCGCGCCAUGGUGACGGCCUGUACGACUCCUACAUGAGAACAGACCACAUUCUGAAAGACGAAGCAGAUGCAAACAGCCCUUCUGGACUGCCCCCGAUGCCCAAGCACACAGUUGUUGGUAACAAGGUUGUAAUGAGGGAUCAAAUGAGUGUGCGAGGUGGCCAGCUGAAGGUCAAGUACCUGUAUGAAGACUCAACCAAUAACCGGAAAAUCAACGCUGUAACCACCGCUGUCAUGCAGAACACUGGGAGCACUGUGCAGACGCCCUCCAAAACCACCGUCUCCGGCCUGUCCAAGGACCACAGUGCGGACAGCUCUGACUCCAGCAAGGGCUCCAGUGAAUCGUCUGGCUCACAAGGAGCUGGAAACGGCAGCAAACUCGUCAACACCCUCAGUCCCGAGCAGGCUCUGAGACUCUACCGGUCCCAGCUGACCUCCCUGGAGCACACAGAGAUCCAGGCAUACCCAGAUAUCUACUUCGUGGGACCCAACGCGAGGAAAAGGCCCGUCGUUCCCGGCGGAAACAACAACUGCGGCUACGACGACGAGCAGGGUGGCUACAUUCAUGUUCCUCAUGACCACCUGGCGUACAGAUAUGAGUUCCUGAAGAUCAUCGGUAAGGGUAGCUUUGGACAAGUGGCUAAAGUCUACGACCACAAGCUGCAGCAGCACCUGGCUCUCAAAAUGGUGCGCAACGAGAAGCGCUUCCACCGGCAAGCGCAGGAGGAGAUCCGCAUCCUGGAGCACCUGCGCAAGCAGGACCGCAACGGCGCCAUGAACGUGGUGCACAUGCUGGAGAACUUUACCUUCCGCAACCACAUCUGCAUGACCUUUGAGCUGCUCAGCAUGAACCUGUAUGAGCUCAUCAAGCGCAACAAGUUUCAAGGCUUCAGCUUGCCUCUGGUCAGGAAGUUUGCGCACUCCAUCCUGCAGUGUCUGGAGGCGCUGUACCGACACAGGAUCAUCCACUGUGACCUGAAGCCUGAGAACAUCCUGCUCAAACAGCAGGGCCGCAGCGGCAUCAAGGUGAUUGACUUUGGCUCCAGCUGCUUUGAGCACCAGCGGGUCUACACCUACAUUCAGUCCCGCUUCUACCGGGCUCCGGAGGUGAUCCUCGGCUCGCGCUACGGCCUUCCCAUCGACAUGUGGAGCUUCGGCUGCAUCCUGGCCGAGCUGCUGACGGGCUACCCGCUGUUUCCCGGCGAGGACGAGGGUGACCAGCUGGCCUGCGUCAUGGAGCUGCUCGGCAUGCCCCCACAGAAGAUCCUGGAGCAGGCCAAGAGAGCGAAGAACUUCAUCAAUUCCAAGGGUCAGCCUCGCUACUGCGGGGUCAGCACCCUGCCGACCGGCGCCACCGUGCUGACAGGGUCGCGCUCGCGCCGCGGCAAGAUGAGAGGCCCGCCGGGCAGCAAGGAUUGGAGCGUCGCGCUCAAAGGCUGCGAGGACCCCACCUUUACUGACUUCCUAAAGAAGUGCUUGGACUGGGACCCCUCCUCCCGCCUCACGCCUAGCCAGGCCCUCAGACACCCCUGGCUGUACCGCCGGCUUCCCAAGCCCCUCCCUGGGACAGAGAAGAGCCAAGGGGCGCCCGUGAAACGGCUCCCUGAGCACCACAGCUCCUCCUUCCCCUCCAUCAUGACGAAGGGCGGACAGGGCCUAGGCACAACGGCUCCCGGCAACAAACUCAAGAGCAACAUGAUUGGAGAUUCAGGGGAGACCAUCCCUCUUCGCACAGUCCUACCUAAACUUGUCUCCUAAUAAAAAAAAAAGUGAGAGAGCA